UUUGGGCGGUAGGUGUGAAUAAGCAAACAGCAAAAAUUUAUCCCUCAGUUAAAUAUUUAAUUUAAAAUUAUAAAACAUAGAAGUAAUUUAUAUAUUUUUAUGCUAAAUUAAAGUAAAGCCCUCCAGACCUACCGUGUUGUGUUAUCUCCGUUAUUAGCACAAGAUUUCCACUGUUUUGCACAUAUAUAAAAAUCACAUGGAUAUGGAUAACCUCAAACAAUCAAUGGAGCAAAUGCAGAAUUUCUUCGUCACACAGAUGGAUCAAUUCAGGUCUCAAAUGCAGGGAAAUGCUUCAUCAGUGUCCACCCCCAGUUUGGAAGUAAGGUUUACCGCAUUUCAGAAUCUUGUUAUGAAUAUGUUGCAAUCACUCCAGGAUCAAGUUGACCUGUUGAGCCGCUCCACUGAUAACAUUGAAAUGCGGUCCCGCAAAAAAUUCCUACUUUUUCAUGGUAUCCCAGAGAACAAUGGUGAGGAUCCAGCGGCAGUAAUCACUCAGACCGUUCAAGAAAGGUUGAAUUUGAACGAACUUUCUCUUGAUAACAUUAGCCGGUGUCACAGAAUGGGUCGUCCGCUAGCUGGUAAACCCCGGCCUGUUUUAGUCAAAGUGCGUGACUGGUCUAUUAGGAAUAAAGUAUGGAGUGCGAAGUCUAAGCUGAAGGGAACGGGUGUCACGCUGUCGGAGUUCCUCACUAAGUCACGACAUGAUGUGUUCAUGGCAGCUCGUAAGCGGUUUGGUGUCGCCAAUUGCUGGACUCGUGAGGGCACUGUAUACGUUCUGGACACAGAAGGAGCGCGUCACCGAGUUGAAUGCCUGUCGGACCUUGACAAAGUCGUCGCUGAACCGGAGCAAGCUGGUACCAAGCCGCCUCGUGUAGUCCCCGAGCCCUCCGUAGCUGCGGCCCCGACAACGCGUACCAGAAAGACCGCGGCUGCUGCUGCCAGCAAAUCCGGCAAAAUGUAG